AUGGAUACCGACACCCAACUUCUAGUAGGCGCUUUGAUCGUCCGAGAUACAAGCUCCAGUAUAGAGGAGUUCAAGCUCUAUCACUACAAUCCUACUAUCGGCGGAGCUGUUGCCUUUGUCCUCCUCUUCUUGGGCACAACCGGCUUUCAUACGUACCAAUCAUUCCGGACCCAGUGCUGGUUUGUCAUUCCCUUCAUAAUUGGCGGUAUUUUUGAAGUCAUUGGCUAUGCUGCCCGUUGUGCAUCCGGCAAAGAAUCGCCAAACUGGACUCUAGGACCGUAUAUCACCCAGUCUCUCCUCCUUCUCGUCGCACCUGCUCUCUUUGCCGCGACAAUCUACAUGGAACUAGGGAGAAUCAUCUCCCUAGUGAAUGGCGAGUCUCAUUGCCUCAUUCGAAAGAACUGGUUGACCAAGAUCUUUGUUUUCGGAGACAUUCUUUCCUUUUUUCUUCAAGGUGGCGGUGGUGGUUAUCAGGCGUCAGGUACUGCCUCUGCUCUCGAGACCGGAGCACACAUCAUCAUUGUUGGGCUCUUUGUGCAGCUCGCCUUCUUCAGUUUCUUCAUCGUGGUCGCUGUCAAAUUCCACCUAUCCAUCAAUCGCGUGCCCACGACUCGUUUAUCCAACGAGCUCUCGUGGGAGAAACAUAUGAAAGUCCUCUAUGUGGCUAGUAUCCUCAUUAUGGUGAGAUCUAUUUUCAGGGUGGUAGAGUAUCUCCAGGGCUUCAACGGGUAUCUGCUUCACCACGAAGCAUAUUUAUACAUUUUUGACGCGCUGCUCAUGUUCUUGGUCAUGGUUUUAUUAAAUUUGGUGCAUCCGAGCGACUUGGCAGCAUCAAUGAAGCACAAAAUCGCGACGGAUCAUGAAUACAAUUUGAGAGUGUUCGACGAACGCCAUCAAAGACUUGGGUUAGACAUGAGCUAG